AUGGCGGCAAAAAUGAAACGACGGAAAUUCUUGUGGUUGUUUGUUGUAACAAUAUCGAUUUUGUUUGUGUUCCUGGUUCUGUACUUAAAGCAUAAACUAGGUCAGCUAGAAUGCACAGCCAAAAAAGGCCCUCUACCUUUCCAGAAGUACCUCCUGAUGCUGAAGAAGCUUAUUUUCGGAACUGAGACAGAGGGCACUGACAAGAAAUCACUGCUGUGUGGCAAAGACAUUAAUGAAGUGUGCAUGCACAUUCUCACAAGACAGUUACCUCAAGAUGCCAAAUACUAUCUAGUAGAAUUCUGGGAGAAGGAUCCAGAGCUUCGUGAAUUCGUAUUUCGAAUUCUGGUAGUGGUUGGAUUAGUGUCCUUGACAAUAUUCUGCAACUUCUGCAGAUGGAUGACAGCAACUGAACUUCAUUAUGAUGAUGAUUAUGAAGAAAAGACAAUCCAAUCAAAUCUCAAUAAAAAAGCAUCUGAGAACUCAAAUUACAAGCCUUCAGCCAGCCAACGAAUCUCAGAUUUCAAGCAAGUUAAUCAUAAUAUAUCACACUCUUUAGGGGACAGUUCAACGAGCUACCCAUCAGCCAGGAGAGAGGAAGGGUGUCGGUCAUGGAAUGUGUGGAAGAUUAUGGGUGUCAUAUUGGCAGUCCUUACCAUUCUGAGCAUACCAUGGGAGUUUAUUAGACUUUAUCAGAAAGAGGUAUCUAAAAGGGCAGCGCAGGCAUUGCAAGGGUCGCCACCUGAAUGUUUUCCAAGUGACAUGUCAGUCUUUCAGAGUCUCAGGCUUUGGGUGAAAAGCCACUUCUCCUGGGACAAAAGCACUGAUCCGUGUGAGAAGUAUUACUACACUAUGCUGGUGGAUCCGCUGUGGGAGCUCACUCCUCUACUGGUUCUGUCAUCAGCUCUGACAAGGUGUAUACUUCAUCCAAUAGAGAAGCUCUCAUCUGGACUAGGUCGCAGCUUUCGCGUGUUCUUCGCCGAGAUUCCUGCCCAGUGGCAGCCCAUCAUCAUGGUCCUCCUCCUGCUCCUGGCUCUGGUGCUGCUGCUCCUGGUCUUCAGCUACCGAAUCUCCAUACCACUACUCUUCAGAGUGGAACCCAAGACUCCUGUGCAGGACAAGCUACCCCUGCCGCCUAGGAUGGAACUUUUAUCAAAUGCCCAUGGCCAUUGUGAUCAUCCAGGUCAUGUGCAUCAUGUGCCAGACAGACGCAGCACACUCAAAGGCAUCCCGAUGAAGACCAAAGGGCGCAGGCUGAGACUUGCCUCCUGGGAUAACGAGCGUGAUUAGCAUCACUCCACAUUAGUUCAGGGAUUUAUCUGGGUGUAUUUAUUUGUGUGUCCUGUGGAUUCUCAGGAACAUGUCACAAGGAUGAAUAUGAGGGGCCAAGGGUUUUCAAUGUGACAUACACUACUCUUCAUUUUUCCAAGUGUUAGAAAGAUUUCCUAGCACUGCAUGAUACGAAGCAUUGCACUGAUGGAAGGUCUCGACAGAAUUGAAGUUGUAAGAAAACGGAAGACUGCAAAAAUGGUGAAAAUAUACAAUUUAUGAAGACUUUCGGUAGAACAAAAAACAUAAAUUACACUUUGCGAGGGGAGGUCAUUUUGCGAAAACA